AGCAAUCUGUCCCGAUUAGCGACACUGCCUGCAUAAACCAUCGCAUCGAGUCCCUGCAACAUGUCUGGGAUCCGAUGGUCAGUACUCAUGACAUGGGGAUUGAGGACACCAGACAUGGGGGAUCUGAGGACAUAUGAACGAAUAUAAAAGGGGGCACAAGCCCAGUCUUUGGUGCAUCGAAUUGUUCUCGACAGUCGGCUGCAGCCAUAGACAGUCAAGAACAAUCCACCUUCUUCAUAUUUUCAAGAACCUACAGAAGGAGGCUUCCCCUUCAAGGUCCCUUACCACUUACUAUUUCCCACUCGCCAGUCGCAAGCCGCAAUACCGGAACCAUGUCCUCCCAGCGCACCGCCUCCUCCGUCCCUUUCACCAUCGACAAUGUCCUGCCGGGCAUGCUCGCCUUCCCCGACUCGCCGGACAUCUACCGCAUCCGCCUUGAGCCCGAGCACGCCGGCGCAGGCGGGCCCACCAUCAAGUACCUUACCGCCCCGAACACAAGCAAGACCCUCACCGGGCCCGACGCUCAUCUCCGCCGCCUCGGCAACCUCGCCUUUGACCGCGUUCCUACCGGCGAUUGGAUUGUCGGCCGGCUCAUCGCCGCCCCGAACGUGGGCAACGACGACGAACGCAAGCUCCAGCUUGCCUCUAUCGAGCCGGGCGACGCCGCCACUGCGCUCAUGAACUCUCUGGGCCUGUGUAAUGCCGGGCCAGUCUGGUGCGGCAUGACCGUCGACGAGCGCGACUGCCAGCCGGAUACUACUGACCCCUCGUCGCGCUGGACCACCGUAACCGUGCCCGCCGCCGCCGACGGCAGCGAGGAGGUUAUCAGCGUGCCCAAGCCCACGGCUUUGCAGUGUAUGGAUUACUUCUCGGCCUCGAUCAUCCGCAACCCCCUUUCGGGCAUUAGCAUCGUGAACGGCGGUGACGACGUAGUACAGAAUGACGAGGCUGUCCUCGUGUCGGACUGGAUGCCGGGCCACUGGCAGGGCAUCGAGAACGACGUACGCACCUACGAAAUCAUCCAGUCGCGCGAUUCCGGGCUGGCGCCGCGCUUCCUGGCGCACGUCACAGAGAACGGCUCGCGCGUCAUCUGCUUUCUGCUCGAGCAUAUCCCUGACGCGCGCGAGGCUGGUCCAGCCGACGUGGUCCGGUGCAGGGCUGCCCUAGCGCGGCUGCAUACUCUCGGGAUUUCCAAGGGGGGCCGUCUAAGUCAGCAUUCAUUUCUCGUACGGAAAGACGAGGAGGUCCUGAUCCAGGGACCGUUUGCUGGCGCGUCUGUGGAUGGGGAUAAGGCGUUAGUUAUGAAGGGGGAGAUGGAGAGCCUUGAGGAGGUUUCGCCCCAAGCCCAUCUCUGUUUGAGCACCAGGCAGCGAUGAUGUGUAGGCUGGUGGAUCCCCAGCGGAGGAAGAAGCUGGACGAGUUUGAAAAGGCGCACGGGUGUGUGGUGCCGUUUGUGCACUGGCAGGACUCUAGCGAGGGCGGUGGGCGUAUCACUCUUACACUGGAGCAACAUGGGGUGCUGGCUGAGGAGUAUGAGCAGAAUGGGUACCGCUGGACGAAGGAGUUUCAGGAGCAGGCCUUGAAGCGGUUUGGGCCCUCCGUUGAGGGACUCUGAGGAUUCUGAGCCAUCGGGCGAACCUUGUGAAUCCUAAUGGAAGAGGAGUCUUGUUUGGGAGAUGGUUCAUGAUUUCUGCUUUAUGAUCCUAUUGUCUAU